AUGUUCAUAACUUCGCUUGAGCCAUCUGCGGUAGUACCACCACCACCACCACCACCAACAGCAAGCGAGAGCGACAGGCUGAUACAAGAGCUCGAAGAAAAUAACAAGGCGCUCCUCAGGAAAAUAGAGCAGCUGGAGAAGAGCGAGUCAUUGUGGAAACCGGCGUUCGCGGCGACAACAACAUGCACUCAACGACACAUCAAUUUGCUGUUCGCCUUGCCAAACCUUAUCGCAACUUCUCUAUGGCUCUUGAUGCUCCUCUACUUCGUUAUCUGGUAUCUCGGUCUUCCUCGAGACGAUGCAGGUCGACCACCACAGAUCUGCGAGAGCUUCUCGCUCUGGCCUUACAUCUCCUGCAUCGGAGCUAUGCGACUUUCGUUUUUCCGAGGUGUAUGCGUCACAAUGGCGCUUCUAAUAUCGACGUCAUUUCUGCUUCUGUGCUAUCUUAGUGCUCAAAUAUCUUCGGCGAUUUGGCUAAGAAGACUUGCUGCUUUCUUCGCUAUCGUUUCAAGCAGCGCACUCAUUGCGCUAAGCUUUGAACCCAUCGACUCGGCACCCACUACGCACCUGGUGUCUACGUCGAUCCAGAUAUUUGCUAUGGGUAAUACCAAGUUUUUCGACUGGAUCUCAAAUUCCGUUAUCCGCCGCUCUUUUCGCGGCCGAAUAGGAGCCGCCUACAGGAUUCGUCCGCUGGAGGUAUCACGAUGGCUAAAGACUACUGUGGCAGCUUUCGCUGCAGUUCCUGCUAUGCUGACAUGUAUGGGGAUUUACAAUUGUAUGGACAAUGACAUUAAUAACGACUCAACCUCGACAUGCAACAAGAUGAUAGCUUUGUCCGCUGUCUCUGAAUGGGUUUUGUCGAUCGGAUGGGUAGCGUAUAUGUCAACGAUCGCAUACGAUUUGUACCAUAUUCGAACGGUUGUUCAGCUGUGGCAACUCAAGGGGGACCUACAAGCCUUUACAGGGUGCAUUUCCAUUGAACAUCAACUGAAGGAACAUCCCAUGCAAUCCUUCUUGCCCCAUACAUCUGGUUGUGCAUGGGAGAAAGAGAAGUAG